AGUUGGUUCAGCGUGCAGGUGAGAGAGGAGCCGACCAUGGCGGAGGGUGCCACCGUGUCGGAGGAGACUCUGGCGAGUGCUCUGACCCUUCUGGUGAACUUGGGCCGACUCCUUCUGCAGACGGCCCGGCAGGACGCGGAAGACUCCCUGGAGAAGCUUGUCCCGUAUAAGAUCACCACCCUGCUCGGCCUGAUCACAGCCGGAGCAGACUUUUACAAAACCAUAGGAGUGAAGAAGAAGAGUGAAGCCGAGGACAUUUGGCAAAAGUCUGAUCACACUGCAGCAGUGAGGGAGAAGGUGGAGGAACUCCUGCAGCUCGAGCGGGAGUGGGACUCCUUCCUGGAGACUGUGGACAUAGGUCUGCAGACGACAGACAGGCAGCUGUCGGGAGGGAAGAUCGCAGAGCGCCUGAGCCCUGACACCCCGUUCACUGAUGGACGGAGUGGAGAGAGUGUGACCCUGGGUAAGUACCUGGGUCGGGGUCAGAAGCCGCUGCUGGUCCUCAUCAGACAUUUUGCUUGACUGCCGUGACGAGACCACGUGGCCGAGCUGGCGGCCAAUCGGGCUGCCCUGGAGGCUCGGUCAGUGCGCGUCUUGGUGGUUUCUUUCGGCGGGAUGGAGGGAGCUCAGCUGUGGCUGGAGCAGACUGGAUGCACUUUCGACUUGCUGCUGGAUCCUCAGAGAAAGGUGUACAGGGGCUUCGGCCUCGGCUCCUCCUACGCCAAGGUCAUGAAGUUCGGCUGCCUGCUGCUGUACUCUGAGUACGGAGCUGUGGACAGAGACUUCCCCGACGUCCCCCCUCGGCUGCUGGAGGAUAUCUACCAGAUGGGAGGUAACUUUCUGCUGGAUGAAGAAGGGAAGGUCUUUCUCUCUCACCCGUGUGAAAGCCCAAUGGACCGGCCGACUGUGACGGCCAUCCUGCGGGCCGCCGGCCCUCCCGGCUGCUCCGCCGACUCAGCAGAGUAACGUCCAGAUACGUGAACACUGGAGACACUUGAGUUCCUCGGGGGGGUUUCUUCUUCUUUUUUUACCACAUCACUGACACCACAGAGGAAGAGCAGCUCUUUGACUCACGUUUAUGACGUCACGUCUCACAUUCAUGACACCAUGAAGAAACGUGGCCGAUGCAGAACUGUGAAUUAAAUACAAAAUGAUCUUCUCUUGGUGGUGUCAGUGUUGUGAAGGGAGUAUUUUCUAAUGAGCGGUUCAACUGGAUUACAAUAUAAUUCAGUAUGAAAUUAAUUCUAUUUGAUAUAAAUAGUAAUUUUUAAUUAUGCUGAUUUGAGCAUUUUACUGUAAUCUGUCAUGUGCGAUCGUAUGGCAUUCCUCAAGGCUUUACUUUAAACGGGCUGAAAUCGACAGUAAGAGCAUUAAUAUGGAAGCAAACCACUAUUGAGCAGAGUAUUAAGCCCCUCCCCUUCUGUGUGCGUUGUAAUCCUCGGAUUACAACACGCCGUCCCGACUCUGGGCCCCAUCCUCAAGUUUCCUACUCAGGUACACUGUUAGUUGUAUUUGCGCUACUAGUCAUCGGCCAUGUUGAGAGCCUUGUGGAGUCAACUAAUUUGCUCUGAUUUUGGCAUUUCGUACCUUUUUUAAUCGUGAAUUAAGGUUUGUAUUUUGGCGGCCCAAAGUGGCGGUAAGAGGUAACAUUUUUUGUUUUGGAAGAGAAAAAUGACUACUCUCCAAAAAUAAUGGUUACUUUGUGGCUGCAUCCUCUUUUUCUUAUGUAAUUGUAAAAAUUGCACUUUGAGAUUUAACUGUAAUACAAAAGACAUAAUUAAUGAAAUUCUGAAUCUAUAAAUAAAUAAGCACAUCAUU